GCGUCCAGUGGGUGAAGAAGUGGGGGUCUCCUGCCUGCCGGAAGGAUGGGUGGGGCUUCCACACCGCAGCCCAGUAGGGUGGACUGACCCGUCUUCGGACCUCUGGCUCUUUGGAGGGACUGGCCUGAGGUGGGCCCUGGCAACCCCAGCCUCCUCUCAACCACCUCCCUGUAACAUGCGGGACAGGAGCCCAAGCGGCAUCUAAGGAGGGCGGGUUCUGCCAGGCACAGAGGGCUCCAGCGUGAUUGCCACUGGUUAAUGACCUGCCACCCCCGCCCCCCCAACCUCUGGUGCCGUCCAAAGACUCUGACCCCAGUGCAGUGUCUGUAGGGAAGAGGAGCCAUGGGGCUUCGGGCAGGCCCCAUGCUGCUUCUGCUGCUAUGGCUGCUGCCAGGGGCCAGUGGGGAUGUGCUGCCUUCAGAAUGCGGCCACUCCAAGGAGGCCGGGAAGAUUGUGGGAGGCCAAGACACUCAGGAAGGACGCUGGCCGUGGCAGGUUGGCCUGUGGUUGACCUCAGUGGGGCACAUAUGUGGGGGCUCCCUCAUCCACCCAUGCUGGGUGCUCACGGCCGCCCACUGCUUCCUGAGGUCUGAGGAUCCCAGGCUCUACCAUGUUAAAGUCGGAGGGCUGACACCCUCCCUUUCAGAGCCCCACUCGGCCUUGGUGGCUGUGAGGAGGCUCCUGGUCCACUCCUCAUACCGUGGGACCACCAACAGCGGGGACAUUGCCCUGAUGGAGCUAGACUCCCCCUUGCAGGCCUCCCAGUUCAGCCCCAUCUGCCUCCCAGGACCCCAGACCCCCCUCGCCAUUGGGACCCUGUGCUGGGUAACGGGCUGGGGGUCCACCCAGGAGAGAGCCCUGGCGAGUGUCCUUCAGGAGGUGGCUGUGCCCCUCCUGGACCCGAACAUGUGUGAGCUGAUGUACCACCUAGGAGAGCCCAGCCUGGCUGGCCAGCGCCUCAUCCAGGACGACAUGCUCUGUGCUGGCUCUGUCCAGGGCAAGAAAGACUCCUGCCAGGGUGACUCCGGGGGGCCGCUGGUCUGCCCCAUCAAUGAUAGGUGGAUCCAGGCCGGCAUUGUGAGCUGGGGAUUCGGCUGUGCCCGGCCUCUCCGGCCUGGUGUCUACACUCAGGUGCUAAGCUACACGGACUGGAUUCAGAGAACCCUGGCUGAAUCUCACUCAGGCAUGUCUGGGGCCCGCCCAGGUGUCCCCGAGUCCCACUCAGGCACCUCCAGGUCCCACCCAGUGCUGCUGCUUGAGCUGUUGACUGCAUGCUUGCUUGGGUCCCUGUCAACCAGGAGCCAUGGAGUCCGGGAUCCCCCUUCCGGUAGGAUUGAUGGAAUCUAAUAAUAAAAACUGUAGGCUUUUUAUGUGUA